AUGGAUGAUUCUAUUUUAGGAAAGAGAUCAUAUCAUGAGAUAACAUCAGUAGUAGAGGAGGAACAAAAAGUAGACUUAGUGCAACCAAUCAAUGUAGAAGAUAUAGAUUUCAGUGAUCUCAAUUCAUUGAUAAACUUCAACAGAAUCUAUAAUCUCUAUUAUCAAUGUUUGGAGAGUAGAAACGAUAGUUUAAGAUCACAAUGUGUAAAGUUCUUUGUUGAAUAUCAUAAGUACAAGUUUAUUCAUUAUUUAGAUGUUCAAGGUUAUAUCAAGUUCAUUGUCGAUGUCUUCUUUGAUCCCGAGUUCAAUGUAUUCAACAACAUGUCAUCAUUUAAUUGUCGAGCGCAUAACCCAACUAUACAACAUAUUUACAAUAGAAUAAUCAAUGAUAAAAGAAAAAGAAUAGAAAUCUAUCAAAAAUGUUGUUAUUUCACCAAAAUAGAUAGAUUAGAAUAUGACUUUAAUGAUUUAUAUAACAAGUUAUUAUCAAAGAACAUUGACAAUGAGAAUACAGUUAAACAUCAAAUCAAUCUAAAUGAUCGUGAAAUACAAUUGGAGAACAAUUCAAAUACAGGUAGUGAUUCAAUUGUAAUCAACAAGGAAUCUAAAUGUAUCCUACAAGAUAUAUUACUGGAUAAAAUCAUCUCAUUUUCAGUGUAUCAAAGUAUAUUCCAAAUGGUUAUUAUUUACGUGGUCCAAUCAAUCUCCAAAGUGAAAACUGCAUUGUCCAAUCACCACCCAUUGGAAGUUGAUUAUGAAUCUAUCAAAUACAUCAAAUAUGGUGAGAGUACCGAUCGUAUCAAUCAAUUAUUCUCUAGAGUCGACGCAUUUCAUAUCUCAUCUGAUGAAUAUGAUAUUCAUAUCAACGAUGGUACUCAACGAUCUUAUAUCAGUAAUGAAACAUUUACCGAUAACGAAGAUUUGUGUUAUCGUGAAACUAUUGAAUCAGAUGGUUAUCUUCCACACCUUCCAGCAAUGCCGAAUCUAAAGAGUAUCACUCUCAAUGGAUACUUUGGAUAUGGAUCGAACUACAGUUCAUUUCUAACAUCGAUAUGUAAGAGUACACCCAGUGGCGAUGGUCGUGGUAUUGAACAGUUCAAAAUCGAUAUCAACAAAGAUUGGAACUAUACUCCAGACUUUAGUAACUUGGAUUUCUUGGAACCACUCAUUCGAUUACAUUCAAACACAUUGAAAUCAAUAGAAAUCAAAUAUGAAUAUCGUUGUCAUGAUGAUGAUAUGGUGAUAUUGUUAGAGUCCUUAAAAGAUUUGAUUCCAACAAUGGAACAACACAGUUAUUCAUUCAUCUUGUAUGCCAACUAUAGAAAGUUAAAACGAGUAUGUCAAGAAGCUAAAGAUAGAAAAGUAUAUCAAUAUUUACUCAAUCAAAAAAUCAAAAAUAAUAUACCCAAUGAAGAUGUCGAAGAUUACAACGAUUAUUCUGAUUAUUCCGACGAUGAUGAAGAUGAAGCUGAUAAUAUUAAUCAAUAA